CUUAAUGUCUUCUUUGUUUAAGGAAGUACCACUUUAAAAAGUAAUUGCAGAUAAGGCAUAAGUAACAGUAACUAUAUUAAAUAGAAAAUAGCAGCUCUGGUAAAGAUGCUAAAAAGGAUAUAAAAAGAAGAGGAGGAAAUUUUGAAAUAAUUUAACAAAAUGACGAAAGAUGCUCGAACGAUUGAUGAUUUGUAUGAGAUAAUGGAAAUGAUUAACUAUGAGAUGAGUGUAAGGAAUGAUGAUAAAAUAAUGAUUUUAGAUGAGAUUGCUCAUCAGGAAGAAAUACUGUAAGUGGUUGAAUAUAUUAGAGACUUGCGGAGUAGAUGAAAUUAGAGAAGCAAAUCAACAAUAUAUCUAAAGAUUUAGAAACAUCAGAGAAGUUUUAGUAAACACGAUCUUUAAGGCAAACAGGAAGAUUUAUGCAAUUCAAUCACAAUAAUCAUAACUUGAAUGUAGAUAGUAAAAAUGUUUAAUCUAACAUAAUUACAAGUUAUGAUUUCGAAGAGUAAUCAAAAUUAAAUGAUAAAAUUCAAGAAAAUAUUUUUAAUGAUCCAGUUAAAUAUAAUACACAAGAAGGAAUAGAUGAAACAUAGGUUUAUGAUUGGAUUCUUGAUAUUGAUUUAAUAAAUAAUGUUCAAUAAGGUUGGACUGUCUAUAUAAGCAAAUAAUUUUAGGCAAAUAAAGAAUUAGUUGGAUUAACAAAUAAUGAUAAUAGAGCCCAAAUAAAAUGGGAAGGAGCUACAGUUGCAGUUGUAGGAUUAUAUGAUAAAGGUAAGACAUUUGUACUAAAUAAUCUUACUUAAUCAAAUUUGCCAUCAGGAAAGAAAGUAACGACAAAAGGAAUUUCUUUUAAACAUGUUGAUGUAGAUUCAGGUACUUAAUUAAUUUUAGUUGAUACUGCUGGUAGUUAUUCACCUGUUAAAAUUUAAUCAGCUAUGAGUAUUGUAGAAAAAGAAGCAACUGAACAUUUUAUUAUUGAUUUAGUAUUCGAAUUAAGCGAUUAUUUUAUUUGCGUUGUAAAUGAUUUCACUUCUCUUGAUUAACGAUAUCUAGAUAGAUUAUCUAGAUAUAUUUAAAAUAGUUCAAAAACAUUUAGAGAAAUAAUUGUAGUUCAUAAUUUAAAAGAAGUUGAAACUGCUGAAAUUUUACAACAUGUUUGGACUACAUAAGUAACAUAAAUUUAUUCAACUGGAGGAUCAAUUUAAAGAACUAAAGUGGCAGCAACAAAUCCAAGAAAGAAUGAAUUAUAAGAGAAACAUGUACUUUGGUUUAAAACUCAAUACACAAGACAUGUUUGUCUAGUGAGUGAUGAUAGUCAAUUAGGAUUAGAUGUUAAUCCAUGGGUUUUUUCAUUAUUGAAAUAUUGGUUAAAAGCAGUUUUUGUUCCAGUAAAUAGAUAAUUUUCAGUAUGUGAAAAUAUUCUACAAUAUGCUACUAGUAAACUUACAUAAUAUUUUAAAAGAGAGGUAAAUGUUAAAUUAAUUGAUACUGAUAAUUCUUUUGUUAAAAAAAUUAUAUAAAUGGAAGCUGAUUUAUAAGAUGGAGAACUUAAGAUACCUUAAACUAAUAUUGAUUAAUCUGGUUUGAUAUUAGCACGACCUGAUUCAUUUGCUCCUGCUACUGAUAUUAUUGCUAAUGAUAAGUACAUUAUUUAUAUGGAUGUACCAGGAAUCAAUGAAGAAGAUAUUGAAAUGUAUAGAUAAAAUGUAGUUACUAUUGUAAAAGGUAAUAGGAAAAAACCUUAUUAAGAAGAAUAAAGUGAUCAUAUCAAAAAAUAAGAAAGAAAAUAUGGAGAAUUUACAUUAAGUUUUAGAAUUCCUGAAAAUUUUGAAAGAAAAUGGAAACAUUUUGGUAUUGAAAAUGGAGUAUUAAAAAUUGUUUAUGAAAAAGACAAAGAUGAUAUAAUUCCAAAUAAAUUUGUUAAUUAAGCAGCAUGA